GCUUAACCCAUUUAAUCCGAAAAUCAAAGCUUUACUAAUGGCCUACUCAAUGUGUCUUAACGUUCUUGAUUCAGUCCGACAUUGCAAUCCAACAGCAUUGCUCCCAUCUAAGAAACGGCCUGUCUCACAUGUAACAAAAGGAAAUCGUGAUGUUCCUUGUCCAUUCCAAAGCAUGGCCCUUGAAGAAAACUCAGGUGACUCCACUAUUGUUCGACGAUCAGGAAAUUUCCAUCCUACCAUCUGGCAUGAUGAUUACAUCCAGUCAUUAAAAAGUGAAUAUGUGGGGGAGUCAUACACUAGAAAAAUUGAUAACUUGAAGGAAGAAGUGACAAAGAUGUUACACAAAAUGGUGGAUCCUCUAAAGCAGGUCGAGAUGAUUGAUAUCUUGCAAAGACUUGGAGUAUCUUACCACUUUGAAGAUGAAAUAACGAGGAUAUUGGACAAAAUACACAAUACUCAUUAUGGAGGUGGAGUUUGCAAGGAGAAGAGUUUAUAUGCCACAGCUCUCGAAUUCAGAUUGCUAAGACAAAAGAGAUAUAAUGUACCUCAAGAGGUUUUCAAGAGUUUUACCAAUGAAAAGGGGAAUUUCUAUGAAUGUAUUUGUGAUGAUCCGAAAGGAAUGCUGGCUUUGUACGAAGCCUCAUUCCUCUUGAUAGAAGGUGAAAGCCUCUUAGAGGAAGCAAGAGAUUUUGCAAGCAAACAUCUUAAAGAUUAUGUGGAGAAAAGCAAAGAUCAAAAUCUGCGUACUAUGGUGAACCAUGCCUUAGAGCUUCCAUUACAUUGGAGGAUGAUAAGAUUGGAAGUAAGGUGGUUCAUUGAUGAAUAUAGAAGUAGAGCAGAUAUGAACCCCGUCUUACUUCAGCUUGCAGAAUUGGAUUUCAACAUGGUACAAGCAGUCCACCAAGAAGAUCUAAAAGCAGCUUCAAGGUGAUGGAGGAGUACGGGCCUUGGAGAGUUGAGUUUUACGAGGGAUAGGGUGAUGGAGAAUUUUCUAUGGACAAUUGGCGCAUCAUUUCAACCUCAAUUUGGAUACUUGAGGAAAAUGUCAACAAGGAUCUAUGCAAUGAUAACAACAAUAGAUGAUGUGUAUGAUGUAUAUGGUACUUUGGAUGAACUUGAGCUCUUCACGGAUGUUGUUGAGAGAUGGGAUGUCAAUGCAAUGGAACGACUUCCUUACUAUAUGCAGCUAUGUUUCCUUACCCUCUACAACUCCGUUAACGAAAUGGCUUUUGACACCCUCAAGGAAAACGGAUUCAACAACAUUCAAUACCUUAGAAAGGGGUGGGCAGAUUUAUGUAGAUCUUAUCUAUUGGAGGCCAAGUGGUAUUAUAGCGGAUAUACACCGAGCCUUCAAGAAUACAUUGAAAAUGCAUGGAUUUCAAUAUCAGCACCACUUAUAUUGGUGCAUUCUUAUUUUUUUGUCACAAAUCCCAUAACAAAGGAAGCCUUGGAUUUAUUGGAAGACUAUCCCAAUAUGCUUCGUUGGCAAGCAAUGAUUGUACGGCUUGCGGAUGAUCUCGGAACAUCUAAGGAAGAGUUAGAGAGAGGUGAUAAUCCCAAAUCAAUUCAAUGUUACAUGAAUGAUACUGGUGCUAGUGAAGACGAUGCUCGUGAGUAUAUAAGGAAUUUGAUUAGUGCAACAUGGAUGAAGUAUAAUGAAGAAAUCGCUACAAGCUCUCCCUUUUCCGAAACAUUUAUUCAUAUUGGAAUGAAUUUUGCAAGGAUGUCCCAAUGCAUGUACCAGCAUGGAGAUGGGCACAGCAUCGAAUAUCACGAAAGUAAGGACCGAGUCUUAGCAUUGUUGAUUCAUCCCAUCCCUCUACCUAAGGAUUGCUGAAUGAUUGAUAUAUCCACACGUGAUUGAAGGUUCAACUUCAAAAUUACAUAGAACUAUUUCUUUUCUAAUUUGUUCCUUUUUCUUUCUUAAAUUUGGUGACUUGAUGCGUCAAGUGGUAACUCCAACUGUACUUCACAAGUAAUCACUAGCCCCUUAGUACCAAAAUACAUGAUGUAAAAGCCAAACCAAAUCUAGCUUGGUUUGCUUAAACAUAAAUAAGACUGCUUUAUGCUAUA